GAAAAAAAAUUUGGUCUGUACACAAGAUCAAAACAGUAGUUACAUAUGAGUCGCUUUUAUUUCUUGUCUAUUAAAACCGGUCUAAAACUUCGAAAUUUUGUUACAAAAACUCACAUGGUUCCUGUAAAGGCUGCCCUAAUAGAUUUAAGUGGAACACUCCACGUAGAUGAUCAACCUACGGAUGGCGCUGUGGACGCACUUAAAAGAUUGCGUGAACGAGGAGUUUCAGUCAAAUUUGUUACGAAUACAACAAAAGAAAGCGUAUCAUCGCUGUACGCUCGAUUAGUAAAAAUUGGAUUCCAGCUGGAGCAAAAUGAAAUCUACAGCUCGUUAACAGCGGCAUCCAAUUUUGUCCGGAGCAAUGGUCUCAAUCCGUAUUACAUCCUGACGGACGACGCCCGCAAAGACUUCCCAUUGAACGACCCCGCCAAAGAGUACGACUCCGUUGUUGUGGGCCUGGCGCCGGAGCGAUUUUCAUACGAGUACAUUAACGAGGCAUUCAGAAUCCUGCACAAUAGCAGGGGAACAGCCCGGUUGGUGGCGAUUCACGAGGGGAAAUACUACAAAACCAAGCAGGGCAUUUCCCUAGGGCCCGGGUGCUUCGUGAAAGGUUUGGAAUAUAGCACCGGGUUGAAAAGUAUUUGCAUUGGAAAGCCGAACGAGUACUUCUUCCGGUCGGCUAUGCCUGAUGGUUUGAAGCCAGAGGAAUGCGUUAUGAUAGGAGAUGACACAAAUGACGACUGCCUCGGAGCUAUGGCAAUAGGAAUGAAAGGAUUUUUGGUUGAAACGGGAAAAUACCAACCGGAUCUACACGGAAUGGAUACCCUUCCAAAAGUCAGUGGUAUCUUCAAAAACUUCGGUGCCGUUGUUGAUCAUUUAAGUGACACGUUAAUUUAAUGCAAUAUGUAAAAGGUUGUUCUUUCAAAGUAAAUCGAGACUUUUGUCCGCGGUCAAAGAUAUAUUCUACAGCACUUCAACCUACACAUAGUUGAGCAGUAAAUACAGAUAAAAUAGAACAUGGAACAUACUUA